AUGCAUACCAACUUCAAUAGGGUGGUAAACCCUAGCCUCCAACAACACAUUAGAGCUAGUGAGGUACUCACAGGUUCAGAUUCAAUACAUCAUCAAUGGGAGUGUCUUGAUCUGGACGUGGCUUGUUUGGUUCUUGACAAGUUAUUGGAAUCCAUCGACCGGGCUAGUUUCCGUGUGGUUUGCAAAGAAUGGGGUCGUCUUGCAAGAGCCUAUAGGCGAUUGUGUAAGCCAAAGGUGCUUCCCAUGCUCCUAAUCCCUGCAGACAACCAUCACUACUAUGGAAAGAAGAACUCACGACAAUCACUAGAGACUAUUAUGCACCAAGGAUUACUGUACAGUGUUUCGAAACGAAGAAUCUACCGGCGUGUGCAGAGUAUUAUGCUCCCAUCAUUAGGUGAACCAGAACCAGAAACUAGAUAUAGCAGAUACUAUCGUGGAUGUGGGCAUGGUUGGGUGGCCAUGAUAGACACGGAUGUGAUAUUUGGAAGUGAAACGAUUAUAACUCUCGUCAACCCUUUCACAACAGUAAUAUUGCCGUCUUUACCUCCUCUGAAACGCUAUAACUCGGGUAUCCCAAAAGUUAUCUUGUCCGAAGAUCCGACUUCGAAUCCAGACCAUUACGUGGUUGUAGCUUUCGCUGAUGAUUAUGCCUCCAUGGAUUUCAUCAAAGGAAGACAAGGUUGGUAUCAUAUCGAUUGCAGACCAUACCUCGCAGAGCCUGAUGAUUACAAUUUUACUGAUGCUAUAUUUUACGGAGGCCAAAUCUACAUGGCUGAUAGUUAUUACGGGAUAAUUGCGGUGUUUGAUUAUAAAAGCAAACAACAAGUAUACUUGGAAAAGAUAUACACACCACCGCCACCUGCUGCACGAGAUGAAUCCGAACGGGCAUAUCUUGUGGAAUCAAUCAAUGGAGACAUAUUCUAUAUUCGACGGUUAACAACGUCAGGGUAUUAUAGUGAUCUGACCAAGAGUUUUAGGGUUUUUAAGGUGGUGCUCAAUGGAAGCACUGUGGAGCAUGUUGAGGUAAAGAGCAUUGGAGAUGAGGCUUUGUUUGUUGGUGACAGUCAUUCAUUAUCUUUUUUGGCUUCAAGCUCUUCAGGGUGUCAACCAAAUUCAAUUCACUUCACAGAUGAUUCGAUAAAUUUUUCCAAAUAUUUAGAUAACUAUAUACGACGAGUCAUCACAAUAAAAUGCUACGAGGACGAGGACGAGGACGAAUAUCAAGUACGAGCUGAUACGGGUAUCUUCCAUUUAGAGGAUGGAACUAUUAGCCGAUAUUACCUAAAAUGUUUUGACGAUGACCUGCUACCACCCGCUUUUUGGAUCAUACCACCGGCCUUUUAA